AAGAAACUUUCUUGUUUCUUUCUGCUACGUGUAGCGCAUAGGAAUAGUAGUUGUGGAUCUAUUCGACUUUAAAAACUGAUUUGUCCAGCGCAUUGAAACUCCAAUAAUAAUGAAUUCACCUCCGGUAUUUAUUGACUUAUCAUUGGAUGAGCAGGUGCAAGAGCUUAGAAAGUUCUUCAAAAAGCUAGGAGCCGAGAUUUCUUCCGAAAAGUCUAACAAAGGUGUUGAAGAUGAUUUACACAAAAUUAUAGGAGUUUGCGACGUUUGCUUCAAAGAUGGCGAACCCUCGCAGAUUGAUGGCAUCCUUAAUAGUAUUGUUUCCAUUAUGAUAACAAUUCCGCUUGAUCGCGGCGAAAACAUUGUUUUAGCCUAUUGUGAAAAAAUGACAAAAGCACCCAAUGUACCAUUGGCCAAAGUUUGCUUAGAAUCUUUGUGGCGUCUAUUCAACAACUUGGACACAUCAUCACCUUUGCGCUAUCAUGUUUACUAUCAUCUCGUACAAGUAGCCAAACAAAGUGAUCAAGUUUUGGAAGUUUUCACAGGAGUUGACCAAUUGAAAUCGCAAUUCGCCAAUUGCCCACCAUCUAGUGAGCAAAUGCAAAAGUUGUACCGCUUAUUACAUGAUGUAACGAAAGAUACCAAUUUGGAAUUGUCGGCUAAGGUAAUGAUUGAAUUGCUUGGCACCUAUACUGCUGAUAAUGCUUGCGUUGCACGCGAAGAUGCCAUGAAAUGUAUCGUCACAGCCUUAGCUGACCCAAACACAUUUUUGUUGGAUCCAUUGUUGGCACUCAAGCCCGUACGCUUCUUGGAGGGUGAUUUAAUACAUGAUUUGUUGUCAAUUUUUGUAUCGGAUAAAUUACCAUCCUACAUACAAUUCUACGAAGAUCACAAAGAAUUUGUUACUUCACAAGGUUUAAAUCACGAACAGAAUAUGAAAAAGAUGCGUCUACUAACAUUCAUGCAACUGGCUGAAAGCAACCCAGAAAUGUCAUUUGAAACACUUACAAAGGAACUGCAAAUAACCGAAGAUGAAGUUGAACCAUUCGUUAUAGAAGUGUUGAAGACGAAGUUGGUGCGUGCUCGCCUAGAUCAGGCCAAUCGUAAAGUACACAUCUCUUCGACAAUGCAUCGCACAUUUGGUGCUACUCAAUGGCAGCAGCUGCGCGAUCUUUUGUACGCAUGGAAGGAAAAUUUGAGUUCGGUUCGUGAAGGCUUGACAAGUGUUUCAGCCGCCCAACUUGAUUUGGCGCGUAGUCAAAAAUUAGUACACUAACCGACAAGACUAUAACUGUCUUUUUAACACGUAACAGCCACAGACAACAAUUUGGUCUUUUGUAUUUAUAAAUGGUAUAAAUAAAUUUAACUCGAAGUAAGAAAAAUUGAACUUCAUUCGGUUUUAAUGUUUUUCGCUGGAGACAUUAGACAAGCAA